UGUACCUGAGCCUUGGCAGGUAAAGGUCUCUCCCGGGCCAAUAAGAGCGCGUCCUUUUCGACAAGCCCACCAAUGGGCGCAAAGUCCCCCCCCCCCGCAUCUGCUGCCGACGACGUCUAGCUCCUGGAGCCAGAACCCUGCAAAGCCUUCCGGAGCCAAGCGGAGGAGGCCGCUGCGGAGGGCCGAAGAGCCCCGCGAGCGGCUGCUCCGACUCCGCGCGCGGAACCCGCCCCCCCCCGGCCAGGGAAACUAUGGCUCCCAGCUUGAAGCGCAAAUUCUUUGAGCAGGACCAUGCUUCUGCUGAGAGUCCAAGCUGCUGCUUCCAGGAACACAAACGUCGCUCAUUGCUGCACACUGCGCUGGGGAAAUAUGCCACAGUGGUCAAGCCAAAUGAGCAGGACUUAUACAAGACUGUACUGCUCAGGAACACCAUCCUGCAUCUCCAAGAAAAUGGUAUCCAGCCCCGGAGCCAAGGGAACCAAGAAAUGGUCUUUGGGCCGAUGUCCCAGAGUGCUCCACCUUGCCAAGAAACAAGCCUGGAUUGCCUGCCAGAGAGCCAUGCCCCAGAAAGUCCAACAUCUCUGAUGGAGCCAUCGAAGGAGCCUCAGCGUGCAGUGGACAAUGGGCAGGCCAAGGCAUUUGAGAUGGGCAACAGUGCUUGUGCGCCAUCUGCCUUCUCCAGUGACAUCAGACUGCCUGGUCUGCUCCUGGAUCCAUUCCUAUACACUGCUGGUGAGCUCUUAUAUUUUAGAGAGGGUCUGCAGCAGCAGGAAGUGGGCAGUGGUCCAAGUCUGUCUCCGGCUGGCCCCAGAGCUGAGUAUCCUUCUGGCUGGCCCUCUGAAGAUGCAGCUGCAAACCCAAGGCGGGAAGCCGGUAUCUGGGAUGCCCUCUCUCGGGAGGAGCUGCUCUGUGAUCCCCUGUUCGGCAGUUUUGAGAUCUUGACCUCCAGCUAUGCAAGUGACCUGCCUGCAGACGAUCUCUUCUCAGACAUAGAUACGUCUGAGUUUGAGAGCACCCUGGGUGCAUUGCCAAGUGAUGCACAGCUGCCUUUCACUGGCAUGGCAGACCAGGCUGCAGCUGGGAAUCUCCCCCAGGCUGAAGCUCUGCCCCUUCCCCGUCAGAAUGCAAGAGAGAUUAGUAGCCUUGACCGUUACAUGGAGUUCCUGCUCAGCUCCUAAAAUGCUCCUCGCUGCCUCUCCAGAUCCCUUGGAUUUUGAGAUGCUGCAGUUGUUAAUGUUUACGGGUCAAUUGACCCCACCUGCCAUGUCUUCCCAAUGCCAAGGAACCAAUGAUGGGGUUUACAGUAGUAAAUUAAUUAGCUUUUUAAUAUUGCAAUAUUGGUAAAACUACUUGAAAGGACCCAGAUAUACGACUGGACUCUUGUUUGCUGCAAGUGCAAUAUAUUUGCUGUCUAGAGGGAGGAAGAGAAUAAUCUGGGUAGUGAAAACUUUAGUCGUCAUCUCUGGUAGACUCUUGGUCAGGCUGGGGCUGGAACAAGGCAAAUGUUGCCUCAGGUGGGCUGGGUGGCUUCUCCCUAGCUCAGGGAUGGGGACCUUAUAGUCCUCUCUGGAUGUUGCUGGGCUACAACUGCCAUCAUUCCUGGCCAUUGGCCAUUCUGGCUGUGGCUGAUGAGACCUGGAGUCUAGCAGCCCUGGAGGGCCACAGGUUGCCCAUCUUUGCCCUAGCAGGUGAGUGUCUCUGUACCAAAGCACAUUUUCUUGAGGCUGCUGCUGCUGCUACCAACACCACUGGGUAUCUUUUGCUAGCCUCUCCUCUUCCCUGCUGGAUUUAGAAUCCCACAUUGCUACCUCUUCUGAAUAUAUGGCUCGGUUGGCUGGACCAGUCCUAGAAUUGCAUCUCUACUACCUCCUUGAAGCUGGGCUGCAUCCUAGCGAUGCUGCUGCUGCCUUCUGACAUUUCAUGCGCCUGCGUAUGGCCGCCUGGAUGUUUUUAGUCCUAGCUGCAUAACGGCCAUUAGUGUUGCACAACCUGUUUGGGAAUGGCCAGUUUUCAAGAGUGGCCCCUUUUUGACUUGGUGGCUUCUGCUCUUGGCUCCCCAAAUAUGCACCCAUUGUGGUCAUGUGCCCUCGAAAUGUGCUGCUGUUGUGCCAAAGCUCCUGUGUAGUUCUGUUGCAGAUCCUCUCACUUCCCAGAAUAGUAAUUCUUCCUGAGAUGUUGAAUUUGGGAAGUGGGGUCUAAGGGAACCUAAACCUGUUAGUGACCUGUGAAUCUCAGCAUUUAUCCAGAUAUGCAAUAAUGAGUUGAAACUCAUGGCAAUAUUCGUUUAUGCCUUGGCAAACGUUUGUACUGUUUGCCAUUCCCUGGGUUGAUGCUCUGAUUCUUUCCUGUGAGUGGGAAGCUUUUUCACCCUAGUUCUAGUUCAACUAGUAUAAUCCAAAAUACUUCCCCAUGAAAUCCCUCAUUGAUUGAGAGCUCCAAAGGGAACAGGGAGCAUCAGGUCAUUCUUAAGGCUAUAAAUGCCCCUUCUAGACUUCUGGGUAUCUGAUUUGAUAAAUACUUGAAGAAGACAAAUUGUGUUGCUCUCUGGUUAAUGCUGCUGUUUAUAUAUAAAAAAGUGUUAAUAAAUGUAAUAAAUUAUUGCUUAGUAUGUUAAAGGGGGAGGGCAAAGGAUUGACAAGUGUGCCCCUGGCCAGCUUCCAAGGCAAGAUGUCCCUCCUUCCAUCACCGACACAUUGUGACUACAAUGAGGCUAUUGUCUUUCUUUUACAAUUUUACCUGACUAAAAAAAGUCUUGCAGCUCCUUAAAGCUCCUAUUUAUUAUAUAUAGAAUAAUGGACUCAAGUUGCAGGAAGCCAGAUUUCAAAUGAGUAUCAGGAAAAACUUCCUGUUAGAGCCAUAUGACAAUGGAACCAAUGACCUAGAGAGGUAGUGGGCUCUCCGACACUGGAGGCAUUCAAGAGGCAGCUGGACAGCCAUCUGUUGGGAAUGCUUUGAUUUGGAUUCCUGCAUUGAGCAGGGGGUUAGACUUGAUGGCCUUGUAGGCCCCUUCCAACUCUACUAUCCUAUGAUUCUAUUGCAUAAGGUUUUGUGGACCACAGUCCACUUCAUCAGAUGCACAAAGGGGUUUGGGGAGAGAUUGUAAAAAGUGAGGUCAGAGGGAAAUGAAAUGCAGAUAGUGAUAAUUCCAUGCUUAACUGUGGUAUUUCACACCGCAGAUAUUAAUGACACAGACAUUGUGACAUUGGUAAGCCAAUUAAUCUGUUUUAGGAACUAAAAAGCCUUUGUCUUGGUUCAAUCCACAAGCGAUAGCAUUGAAACUCUCGAUAUCUUGUAAUUCAACUAUUUUAUAUUGCAUCCUCCUUUUGAAGUUCCUUUCUUCCAAGAUGGUCACUUUAUAAGGUCAUUUACAGAGCAUCUGGGAAGAAUGAAACUGUUACUCCACUGGCUUUUGCAUAUUGUAAUUUCUGAUGUCUGGUUUGUGUCCAUUUAUUAUUUUGUGUAGAGACUGGCCUAUUUGUCCCAUGCAGAAUGCAGCUGGGCAUCGAUGGCACAUUCAGGUGGUCCACGGCAUGUCUCCAUUAAGUAUCAUGUUGAUUUUCAUAGUAUUGCUUCUUUUACUUUUAUAUUACAAUUUGAAUUCUAUGAAAUGCAAUAGAAGAAAUAAGAGCAGCAAUACAAAUACCAUUAAAAACCGUGCUGCGUUUAGCACAGUGCAUACCAGUUCCUGCAACAUAACAAGCCGAGAAACAAUUAAGUGCCCCCCCCCCAAGACCAUCAGCAAUUUUCAAGCGGUCGGGGGGGGGAGUCUGAGAACCACUGCUAUAGGUCACAUUGGAAGAUGAGCAGAUGAACUUCUGGUGUUGUGGGCGAGAUUAUUAGGUCCUGCAACAGUGUUGCUAGAGUAGACAGGACCUAAUAAAUACAUAAUUAGCACCAUCUGUACUUUCCUGCAUUUCAUUUUCCUAUGACUUCACUUUUUACAAUCCAUCCCCCACAAACCAUGUGAUAUAUAUUCCUAUCACUCAGGUUUUUAAGGUGCCACAAGUCUCUUUGGGUUUGUUUGUUUUUUGGUGCAAAAGACUUGAAAUUGCUAGUCCUCUGCAAGAAUGUGAUAUGGGGUGCUCUUAAGUGCAAUGUGCACCUUACGGAUACCUCUGGCUUAGCCUAGCGGCUAAAUCCAUGCCUCUGAGUGUGCCAGGAAGAGGGAGCCAUUAAGGUUCCUUUCAGAGUAGUGUGAGGUGGACUCCUCUCCUGGCCCUCCCUAAGAAAUGUUGCAGCCUCAGGCUUGUCUUCAUUCUUACUAAGAGUCCCUGGAAUUUUAACAGCUGAAGAGACAGACAAGAGAGCAUUAAUGGUUCUGAUGCUGGAGUAUUGGGCUAUGCAAGUAACUCUUUUGAAAGUUUCUGCUUGAUUUUGCAAAUAAAGUAUCCCAUUCUAGUAGUCUUGUCUUGGCUGCUUUUCCUGGACUACUUCAGGGUGACCUUGAAAGAGUUAGGAGCUGAUGAGGAUAUAUAGGGUAAUUGCUAAAUUGCUAUUAAUAACAAGAGUAUUUAUUACCCACCCUUCACCCAAGGGUCCCAGCGUUACAACUGUUUUAAAAUACACCAUUAAAAACAAAGCCAGCCUAAAAUCAUAAAAUAGGGUGGGUCCUAAAAAUAUACAUCUCAGGUGUCAAAAGCCAGGGCAAAGAGAUGAGUCUUCAGCAUUUGCCUAAGACCAUACAGUGAAGUUGCCAGAUGCACCUCUGUGGAGAAGGAGUUCCACAACUCGGGAGCUGUCACAGCAAAUGCCCUCUCCCAGGCCACCACCACCCAAACUUCCACUGGUGGCGGAACUACCAAAAGGCCCCCCUCUGCUGAUAACACCCGAGAGGGGCUGCUGGGAAGGAGGCGAUCUUUGAGAUCUAAGUUGUUUAGAGCUUUAAAUUCAAUUCAAUUAAACACUAAUAUAAGCACCUUAAAUUGAGCUUGGAAAGAGGCGGGGGGGAAUGGGGGCACUCCCCCAGAGCUGCGCUUCACUCCCCAGGAUUCCAUUUGGGAAAUUAUCUUUUUAAUUUGUGACAUGACAGACAUUGACAGCCUCCAUUUAAAGAAAACUAGUUUGUUUUAAGGACAGGAGCAAUUUAAGAAUAGGACCCUCUGAAAAAUUCAGUGAAUAAGGCAGGGUGAGUACGCAACAAAAGCGUCCUCUGGAAGAGCCCCCAAAAUUCUGCUCACUGAAGACUUUCCCUGAGUGAGGAUGGAUUUUUCAUGAUCGCAAUUGCCCUAUAAUUAUUUAAGCGAUCAUGAAAAAAAGCCAUAUACUAACAUGACCCUUGAAGAGUUAAAUAUUAGAACUUUGUAUUAUGGGCUACAGUUAGAUUCCACCCCUUGGACUUUCCUUUGCUUUGAUUUUCAUUUUCAAUUGUGCUAUCAAGUCAGCAACAAAGAAGCAUGUUUGUUUGUCUGCAGUAAGAAAUAAUAGUUUAUUUUGUGUUUAUUAUGAGUAGGGCAGGAUUGUGUGCCUGUUGCUGAAGGGUGAAAUAAAGAGAUAACUCAAAGGGAUCUGAAAAAUGGCCACUCUUUUAAAGCAACUUCUAUAUUAACCAUCAUAGUGGCUAUUUUUUUCUUGAUGGCAAAGGAUAAAAACAGCCCUAGAGGAACAUAAAUAUUGCUGUGUAUAUUACAGUUAGCUGGUUGGCUGGCUGGACAGCUAGGCUGUAACCCAGACAUAAUUUCUGGUUUUCCCAAUAUGUGCAGCUCAGCAUGAGGCCUUUUCAGGGUUUCUUGACAGAAAAAUCAAACAGUAAAAAAAAAUCUAA